AUGGGUUCAAGCAGUAGGGAGAACGUGGAACAAGGAGUAGAUACCUUUAGCCAAAGCGUUCCAAUCAAGUUUCACAUCGCCGAAGCGUUCGAGGGUCGUCGGAUAGAUUAUAGCAGUAACGCUGAAUCGGCAUUCAUAAACAACACAGAAUGCAUUCGAAACGGUGAGUAUGUGAUUGGAAGCAUCGUGGAAUACACGUGCAACGAGUAUUAUACUCUCAAGGGAUCACGACGCCGGACUUGCAUAGGGAGCGGACGAUGGAACGGAAGAAAUACUCUUUGUGAGCCAGAUUGUGGGAAAAGAGUGCCACAAAGUUUGUCAGCAGGAGGAAAGCCAUCCCCCAUUGGAAAUUGGCCAUGGGUGGCUGCCAUUUAUGACGUCACGGAGAAGCUCAUCGUUUGUGGAGGGGCUCUCAUCCGAGAACAAUGGGUUCUGACCGCAGCUCAUUGCGUCGCCAAAGGCAAACGACCUCGGGAUAGGAAAGACUUUCGGGUUUAUCUGGGAAAAUACUAUCGGAAUGACUCCCUGGAUGAUGGAUUCGUGCAAAAGAGAGAGGUAUCUACGAUCAUCAUUCAUCAGGGCUAUAACUUACAUAACUUUGACUCGGACAUUGCCUUGCUGAGACUAACUGAACCGGUGGAGUUUACCAAAAGAGUGCAGUUGAUAUGUCUCCCGACAAAUACAUUUAUUCAUCUCUCGGAGGCAAACCUCGAGAAUGGAAAUCUAGGAAUGGUGGCUAGCUGGGGUCAAAAUUUAUCUGAUGUACUGAGUGGCGAGUUGACAGAGGUCGAAUUUCCAGUUUUAUCGAAUGACAACUGUCACAGAGAUACCAUACAUCUCACAGGCAACCCUGAUACCACGCGAACGCUCAGCUGGAACUCUUACUGUGCUGGACAUCAUAAGGAUACUUCUUAUAAAGACAUCGACGAAUGUCUAGUGCUGGACAAGCCGUGCGGUAGCAACGCGGUGUGCCAAAACUCCGUCCCCAGCUACACUUGCACUUGCAAGCAAGGCUUCGUCCCAGAUCCCCGACCCGAGAUAGCAUGUAAACAGAUCGCUGUGGGGACGAUCUGCGUGAAAAAUGUCGACUGCGUAAACAACGCCGAGUGCGUGGACGGGAUGUGUCGCUGCCGAGGCGGCUUCCUCACCCAAGGAGCCAUAUGCAUCGUUUCUAAUGCAUCAAUUUCAGACAUUGACGAAUGUGCGAUCUUGGACAAGUUGUGCGGCAGCAAUGCAAUGUGCCAAAAUUCUGUCCCAAGCUACACUUGCAUUUGCAAGCAAGGAUUCGCCCCGGCCCCCCGACCAGAGAUAGCCUGUAAACAGAUCUCUGUGGGGACCAUCUGCGUGAGCAAUGUCGACUGCGUGAACAACGCGGAGUGCGUGGACGGAACGUGUCGCUGCCGAGACGGUUUCCUUGCCCAAGGAGUCUCCUGCAUCGACAUCGACGAAUGUGCCGCCUUGGACAACCCAUGCGGCAGCAACGCGGUGUGCCAAAAUUCCGUCCCAAACUACUCUUGCACAUGCAAGCAGGGCUUCGUCCCGGCCCCCCGACCAGAGAUCGCCUGCAAACAGAUCUCUGUUGAGACGAUCUGCGUGAGCAACGUCGACUGCGUGAACAACGCGGAGUGUGUGGACAGGACGUGUCGCUGCCGAGGCGGCUUCCUCGCCCAAGGAGCCUCAUGCAUCGAUAGGAAACCUGCCGAUGGUGUUGUACCGUCGGUUGCCGAAACAUAUAGAGGGAAAAGUACCACCAAUAUCUCUGUUGGGACGAUCUGCGUGAGCAACAUCGACUGCGUGGAGAACGCGGAGUGCGCGGACAGGACGUGUCGUUGCCGAGGCGGUUUCCUAGCCCACGGAGCGUCCUGCAUCGACAUCGACGAAUGUGCGGUCUCUGACAAGACGUGCGGAAGCAACGCUAUUUGCCAAAACUCCAUCCCAAGCUACACUUGCACAUGCAAGCAAGGCUUCGUCCCGGCCCCCCGGCCCGAGAUCGCCUGUAAACAGAUCUCUGUGGAGACGAUCUGCGUGAACAACGUCGACUGCGUGAACAAUGCGGAGUGCGUGGACGGGACGUGUCGCUGCCGAGGUGGCUUCCUUGCUCAAGGAACCACCUGCAUCGAUGUGAACGAAUGCAAGGACCCGAACGCGUGCGGUGUCCACGCGCUGUGCGUGAAUCAGCCGGGCACAUACGCGUGCAAGUGCAAAACGGGAUUCCUUGGGGACCCGCCCACUCACCCGUGCCAAGGCAAAUUGAAUGAACGCUUGAAAUUGAUCUCGGUGAGGACGAUCUGCGUGAGCAACGUCGACUGCGUGGAGAACGCGGAAUGCGUGGAGGGGACGUGUCGCUGCCAAAGCGGCUUCCUCGCCCAAGAAGCCACCUGCAUCGGUAUCCCCUUCCUUUUCUUUCUUCUCUCAUAUGUGGAAGACAUGCGGACGCUAAUGGCGGCACGGUCGUAA